CUUUCGAUUAGAUAAGUGUCUUUAUAAGAUGAGGAGUAACCAAAGGAGGUUUUUACAGUGUGGUACAGUGCAUGUGCAAACAUGCAUUUUUCCAAAAUCCUUUUGGUUUGCUUGGUUGCUUUCGUCUGCAGUUCAGUAGCGGACGAUGAAGACUAUCGCCUACCUUAUAACUAUAUACUGUAUCACUACGACAUCGACUUGGUGAUUCCUGCGGAAUCAUUUACGGAAACAUCAAGCAAUUACAAUGGAUCCGUAGCCAUAACGUUUCAGGUAAUUGAAAGUACCAACACAGUUAAACUGCACGCCAGCGCUAGUAACAUCGUUCUAGAAGAGAUCAGAUUGGAUGACAAAGAGCCAACUUUCAAGAAUGUGAGCAGUGUCACCAACAUUUUGACUCUGGAAUUUGCUUCAGAUUUAAUUCCCGAGCAAAACUACACAUUGAACAUCAAUUUUACAGCCCAAUUGCUAAGCGGCGGAGGAUUCUACAAAGUCUCCUACACUGACCACGAAAAUACCAUCCGCUAUACUGCCACCACCCAAUUCCAGGCAACCAGUGCCCGAAACGCUUUUCCAUGCUUUGACGAGCCUGUCUACAAAGCCACUUUCGCAUACAACCUCACGUAUCCAGCGGAACUGAACGCUUGGACCAACACCCCCAGCAUUGCGAACAAUACACUUGAUGACGGGCUUGUGAAGACGCAGUUUGGUGUCUCCCCACGAAUGUCCGUUUAUCUGGUAGCGUUCACCAUAUCCAGAUAUACGUGUUCGGAGGGCGACUUGGAAGGCACCUCGGAAUUCCAGCACCGAGUCUGCUCCAGAUUGGACAAGGAGGACGCCAGGCAGUGGGCAUUGGAAGUAACGCCGAAAGUGAUCUAUCACCUCAACAGCUACACGAGUUUCAACUAUACUAGCGCUAUGUCCAAACUGGACCAGAUGGCCGUUCCAGGAAAAAGUGGCGCUAUGGAGAACUGGGGUUUGGUUAUCUACGGAGAGUCGACUCUUCUGUUCAAUAGCACGUUGCAAACCAGCGCCACUAAGCAGAGCAUAGCGGGAAUUAUCUCCCACGAGCUAGCUCACAUGUGGUUUGGAAACCUGCUCACCUGCAGAUGGUGGUCGGAGACGUUUCUCAAUGAGGGCUUUGCCAGCUUGUUCCAGUACUACACCACACACUACGCCGUUCCAGAGUUCGAAAUGGAGAAACAAUUCGUCGUUAGAACCCUGCAGUAUGUUCUAGGAAUUGAAGCAUACACUGGAGUGCCUGCCUUAAGAUCCAACGCGUCCACACCGUCGGAAAUAAGUGGAAAGUUUGGCACCUACACAUAUAACAAAGGCGCCAGCGUGUUGCGAAUGAUCGAGCACAUCCUUGGAAGAGAAACGUUCAAGGAUGGAAUCAGGCUGUACAUCGCCAGCAAUGCGUACCAAUCGGUUGAGCCCGAAGACCUUUGGACGGCGCUGGAAGAUGGAGCAAGUAAUAACAUCCCAAACCUACCAGUCGAUAUCAGUUUGAGCAAUGUGGUUGAUAACUGGAUCAACAAAGGAGGCUUUCCUGUGGUGAAUGUGGAAUUAGCCAAUAACAUUAUCACGAUGUCCCAGGAACGUUUCUUAUACAGUGGAUCGGAUGAUGAAGACUCCACAUGGUAUAUUCCAAUCACCUACACCAGAUCCAGCAGUAACGACUUCAACGAAGACACCAGUCCGCGGGGUUGGGUUACUCCAAGCGCCAAUUUUUCUCUAACAGCCUUUAGUGCCAGUGAAUGGAUUGUGGUGAACAAUCAAGAAACAGGAUUUUACCGCGUAAACUACGAUAGCACCCUCCGAGAAAAUUUGGCUUCCGCUCUCAAGCAGGACAAUUUCUCGGGCAUCCACGUGACCAACAGAGCCCAAUGGGUGGAUGACUCCUACGCCCUUGCCAGGGCCGGCUAUUUAACAUUCGGACAAGUCCUAAGCAACGUGGAGUUUCUGGAAAACGAAACGGAAUAUUUCACCUGGUAUCCAGCAGCCACGCUUUUCAACUAUUUACUGCAACGGACUGGCACUAGUCAACUCCUAGGAGCCAGACUGACGUCACAUCUCUUGUCGUUGCUGGAGACUGCCGUGUCCACAUAUGCACUGGAUGAACUGGACGAGUCGCAACACGUUAACACUCUAACAUCCAUUCUAAUCAACACCUACGCUUGCAAAUAUGGACACACUACCUGCACAAAUGCUGCCAAAACCCUGUUUAGAACCUACAAGAGUUCUUCUGAUUUAUCUUCCAGGCCAAAUAUCAACAUUCGAUCUCUGGUCUAUUGCAACGCAAUAAGAUACAGCGACAACAUCACCGGCGACUGGCAGUUCCUCUAUGAAAAGUACCAAGACAGCGCUCUUUCUGGAGAUUCCAGCUACAUUUGGACGGCGUUGGGCUGCGCCAAUGAUACUGAUGUCCUUAAAGCAUUCUUAUCCAAAGUACUGGAAAAUGACGACGUGAUCACUUCCUCCUUGUACGGAUCAGUUUUCUCCACUAUUUAUGUUGCUGGUGAAGUUGGGCUGGACACAGUCCUGGACUUUUUCAGCGACAACUAUGCUGCUAUUCUGGAAGUAUAUUCCAAUGCAGGCAGCGUGCUAACUGGACUAUCCUCAUACAUCACCAAGACCUCCCAAAUUGAAAAGCUGGAAGCCCUCUUGGCCACAGUGGGCACAGACAGCACACUGGCCGCACCAAUCCAAACCGCUUUGAAUACAGCCAAUGAGAAUCAGGCCAUCAUUGAAGCGCACAGAGCUUCGCUUCACGAAUACUUUGGGCUUGACACCACCAGCACCCCCAGUACCACCAGCACCACUACUACCACAACAGCUGCUCCUGAUGGCAAUGAUGAAGAAAAUGGAGAUGAUGAAGAAGAGGUUGAGGGAGAUGAUUCUGCUGAAGUUGACAGUGCCACCACUUUGAGUAGAACCGGUCUGGUUGGUUUGGUGGUAAUUGGACUGAUCAACAGUGUGUACUUUGGACUGUGAAUAAUCCGUGGGGGGGUUCAAAAAGAUAAUCUUAGACUACUGAAGAAUAAAUGAUAAGUUAAUGAUUAAA